GUGUGUAAUCUGUGGUGUGUGUUUUGACUGCAGUUGAUCUUUCUAACCAAAAUGAAUUCCGAAGAUCCUCAGAACAAAAAGAUCAUGGCGUUAACAGAGGAAAGAAUACAAGAUAUUGAGAAAAAGAAAGAAGUACUCGAAGGCUUAUAUUGUCAAGCUAAAGAAUGCUUGACAAAAGCAGAUGGAGGCGAGUUUUGUGCUGCUGAAGUAAUGAAUCUUGUGGAGGAGUCACAGAAAAUUAUCGAAUCAGAGUUGAAAUGGAACAAUACCAAAGUGUCUUUGCCACUCAUUGAUGUGAAAGUACUUAGUACUGCUGUAAAUACUCUGAAGCUUAAUGCCAGUAGCAUGGAUGUCGAUUGUCGGACGUUUGAGACACUUGAAUGUUCUGAAAAACUUUUACCAUUUCUGGAACCUGGACAUAUGGAUUCUUUGUUUUCAUACAGUGAAAAAUGUUUCAGUAUGACUGUUCCAACGUUCCCAUUUUUAUAUGGAACACUUAAUGAGGAGGAAACACAAAAAGUUGUCAGAAGACAGAGACCAAAACCAGCAGAAAACGUUGAGAGUGAAAAGAAACGCCCAGAAAAUGUCACAACUUUAGAGAAGGAAGAGACUGAAAUUCAAAAAGUGCUCCAGCGUAUGAUAAAGGUUCUUCAUGCUGAAAGUGGUAAAAGCAAGAAACCAGUAUCCUAUUUCCAUUUUGUUGUAGACCCCAAGUCAUUUUCAAGAACAGUUGAAAACAUGUUUCACGUAUCAUUUUUAGUGAGAGAUGGUGUGGUGCUUCUGACUUUAGAUGAAAACAAUGUUCCAGUCCUUGUACCAGUGAGCUCAUCUGAGAUAGCCAGGAGAGAGAAAACUGGCAUCACCAGGAAACAACUCAUAAUUGAUAUUACAAUGGACGAUUGGCAGUACUUAAUAAAAGAAUUUGAUAUACAGCAGCCACUGUUCAGACCAAGAACUGGAUGAUAACAUUCAUAGGUGCAAGUCAUAUUUUGAAGAUUAAUUUGUACCCAACUUAAACAUUUCAUUGCUCAAUGGAGAUUUGAAAAAUGAGACAUGUCAUUGACAUUAAAGUCAAAGGAGCAGUCUCAUAAUUUGUAACCUGAGACGGGUGAAAUAGAUCACUCAGUUUCUUUUUAGUACCUGAUGUCUGUGUUGUAUGUGUUGCAUAUUUUAACAAAUAGGUGUGAAAUUGUCAACAACUGAAGAAUAAAUUAAGUAUUCAAUGUAAAAGUUAGAUGUAAAGAAAAAUCACUUUUGUCAGCCGUUUUCUGUUACGAUCUUUUUAAAACCAUCUUCAGACGUUAGCUGAAAUAGUACACAGUUGUUACGGUGAUGAUCAGAUCAAAUCAGCUAAUUAAGUUUAUGCAGAGAUUUGGCUUAAGAUGACUAAAUAUAUGUAAAUAGUUGGCUACAUAUGAUUGAUAAAGCUUUGAUGUGUACCUGAUAAGUACAGUACAUCUCUUUUAUUUGUCCUACAACAGUCGUCUCUUUAAUGUCCAUGUGUUGCUUUCAGAAUUAGAUAUGGUGACCUCAGUAUCUGUUUUGAGUGUUGGUCCUCAUAAAAUUGCAGAAAAUUUUACAGUGGGAAGGAGAAGAUCUUGUUUGAUAGAAAUAACAAUGUUACAUGGCAUUGAAAAUCUGAAGCUUGACUGUCAUCAUGCGUAAUAAAUGUUUUUAUUUGCACCUGGUUCAUAUGUGGUGACAUUGCAAGGGUAGUAAUGUGGGAGGCUGUAUAAGAAAUUUUACUUCUGUGGAGUUGGUUUUGGGCUACUUUUCCAAUUACCGUCAGCAUGUGUGUGACCUUUAGCGAUAGAAUUAAGUUAACCAACAUACGGAAAAUCUCCAAAACAGAAAAAUGAAUAUUUUUUCAAACCAUUUCGUCCGUGUUCCUUUCCUGAACCAACUAAUGAACAGUGUUGUGAAAGGUUACACAAUAUGACACACACACACACACACACACACACACACACACACACACACACAUUUAAUUAGAGAUAAUACACAUAUACAUUGUACUUUUAGUACACCAUUAUAGAAUGACAGGCUUAGAUAUGGCUGAGUGCAGUGAUCAGCCAGCCCGUUGACUAUAUGUAAUUGAGUUAGUAGACCAUGAAAUUGACUUCAGUCCUGCUGGCUUUUACGUAAAGAUACUCUCAAUAAUGUACUGUAUUUACCUGACUAACAUAACACCCCCCCCCCCUACCCCUCCC